AUGCAAGCUGCCGGCUUCGUCGCUGUCUUGGCCUCUGCGCUGCUCUACGGUUCAUACUUUGUGCCUGCUAAAAAGUAUGACAUCCGUGACGGCCUCGUCUUCCAAUGGUACCAGUGCAGCGGCAUCAUGCUCGCCGGCCUAGUAUGUGCUGCUGUGCGGAACGUCUGGUCUGACGACUUCCGAAGCUCUGGCUUCUACGUCGCUCCGGAGGGCCUCAUCUCAGGCUUCCUUUUUGU